AUGUCUGUGAAUGGCAAAAUUCCAUCCAUCUUUUGGCGUUUGGAACUGGCAGGAUUUAUCUUCAAGGACCUUCCUCGCGACUCCCUCAAAAACCUCCGUCUGACAUGCAAGCAUCUGGAUCACCUGGUAGUAUCUCUUUCUCAUCUCUUCAGCCGCAUAUACAUAUCCGCCAAUCAAGAAGACCUCAGGGUCCUUGGCCUGAUCUCUCAGCACCCUCGAAUUGCGUCAUGUGUACGGGAGCUUGUAUGGGAUGUGACAAUGAUUUGUGGAUUUAGGAGGAUCGGUCCUGCCGGUGCGGACAUCAUUUACAAGUACCGCUCAAUAAGCUUGUGUGGUCAAGAUUAUUUCGCUCUACUAGAUGCACUGCCCCGAUUGCCACGACUUCGGCAUGCCACUCUAACAAGCCUCAUGUCACGAUGGAUAACUAAGGAUCAUCGCCAUGACAAUCAUGUGUUAUAUAGCCACUGGGUGGGCGAAUCUCAUGGCAACCAUCUACAUCCGACGCGGCCGUACACCUGCACGUUCGAAUCCCCUGCCAUGCGCCAAUGGCAGAGACGGCGCCUGAAUUGGAGUCAAGACCCAGAAUGGCAUCCGCGACCAGAAAUUUCCAAUGACGUUGAAGUUUACCAGGAUGUUAAGCACCUUUUGGAGCCAAUCUCCACGGGUAGCCGUGACGUGUUUCGGAACAUUCAACGCAGACCGGAUCGUGCUCAGCUCCUCCUGCUGGCAGCUUGUACUCGUUUGCAUGUCAACCUUCUAUCAUACUGCGUCGAUUCCCCAGACGUGUCAUGCCAUCGCUGGAAGAAACCUACCUCUGUGGUACCGUUCAAAGGGAUCGUGUUCCCCUCAUACGUACGUUCAUGCCUGCUCAAAGCCGGCCUCUCAAACCAGCUGCAAUCGCUCCGAGAGCUAUCCCUAACCCUUGAUGCGGUGAGCUGUCGCACGUGGCAUCAAGCCUUCUACACUGAGGAUCUCGAGACUGUCGAGAUACGUAUCUACAAGGAGGACCAUUUUUCAAUGACGGUGAUCGAGGCCGCAUAUCCCAGCCUCAAAAAGCUAAUCCUGGGCAAUUUCAAAUUCACCAUGGAUAGCCUCGACAAGUUAUUUACGUGGUGUCUGGAUAAUAGAAUCCAGACUCUUCACUUGAUUGACCCCGUGUUUCGACCGGAUGCUAUCUACACAAAGAUACUGUUCUUUCAUGAUCUCCUCAGUCGGAGUGUCCGUGGUCCGCGCAGAGGGCAACAGCCGGAUUACGCAAUAUGGAAGUCCUUGGAGCGCUUUCCGAAUCAGCAUGAUGCCAGCUCGGGUUCUUCUCAGAAAGACCCCGGUAAGGACUGUGGCGUGGAACCAGCAGUGCCGUUCGCAUAUUUGGACUUGCCGUCCGAGUCGGAAGAUAGUGAUUAUACUUCUGACGACUCCGAUGUAGGCGUUGACUCUGAUGCGAUGGCGGACUCUGAUGCAGACGACGGCUCUGAUGGACAUGACUGUGGUUCAGAGGAUAAAUCUGGAUCAGCAGAGGAAUCUAAUUCAGGAGAAGAAUCCGAUACAGAAGACGAUGAGUCAAUGGAUGGCUCUGAUGCUGGCGACGGCUCUGCUACAGAUGAUAGCGCUGCAAGUGACGCUGAAAGUAGCGUUUCCACAGAGAAGGACGAUUCCAGCAAGACCAUGGACGUGGAUUUAACAACUCAUUUCGACGAUCUAGCAAUCGAACCGUCCGACCCCGACUACAGCCCCUCUGAAUCCGACGAAUCCAGCGAGAGCGAUGAAGACGAGACUGACAUUCGUGACGAAAUACCUUUCCCCCGUCUCCGACCAGAUGUGGGUCGUUAUCUCCGCGAAUUUGAAGGGGAAUCGUUUGAGCUGCAGCUGAGACACUGGUACGAAUUAUAUGACCUCCGUGUCCUCAUUGAUGGGUAUCGCACGAAGCGUUGA